UUUGUCAUUUUUCGUUCCCCUCUGUUUGGAGUUCUUUGUUAUGUUUUGUCGUUGAGUUUUAUAACUUAUUUUUUGUUUUCAUCGUUCUGUAAGCAUGAGCACGUUCUCUUCCGACCAACUUCCCGAGCUGCUCUCUGUAUUUUACAAACGCCUAUUUCCUUAUGGCCCUUAUUAUAGGUGGUUGUCUUAUGGAUUAGUUAAUCCUAAUGCUUUCGCUAACAGAGAAAUGUCUUUCACUCUACCUGGAGAUAUCUACAUCAGGUACCAAAGUUUUGACAAGUUAGAAGAUUUUGAACAUGAAUUGCAGAGGAAGUGUCCGGAAAAAAUUGAUAUCGGUGGAAUCUAUAAUAUAAAACCCCGUCUCAAAAGAAUGACGAGCACAUUUGAGGUGGAAGAGAAGGAACUUGUUUUUGACAUUGACAUCACUGACUAUGACAGUGUGCGAACGUGCUGCAAAUAUGCUGAUGUUUGUUCAAAGUGUUGGAAGCUUAUGUCUAUAGCAACUAAAAUAUUAGACACUUCACUUAGAGAUGAUUUUGGGUUUAAACACAUUCUCUGGGUUUUCUCCGGCCGAAGAGGUGUCCAUUGCUGGGUCUGCGAUGACACUGCCAGAAAGCUUGACUCAAAAGUAAGAUCUGAUAUCGCAGAGUAUCUUCAACUUUUGUCAAGAGAAGAUCACACUGGUAAAGUUGCUCACAUUCCUCCUGAAAUAGUUCACCCUUCAGUCAAGCGUGCUUUGAAAAUAAUCAAACAGCAUUUCAUGAAUGUCUGCAUCGAAGGCCAAGAUCUGUUAGGGACCAGUUCUGGAAUGAACAAAAUGUUAGGCUUGAUGGAUGAAAAUUUGCGUGCAGCAGUAGAGCCCAAGUGGGAAAAACUUACAAAUUCUGUAGAAAGGUGGAACGCUUUUGUUGCCAUAUUCGAAGAUCUGCUCUUGAAGGGCCAGAUCAAAAGGAGAAGUAAGUAUCUCAUAGACGAAAUCAUGUUGCAAUAUGCUUACCCAAGACUGGACAUCAACGUCACAAAGGGAUCCAACCAUUUGCUCAAAAGUCCAUUCUGCAUUCACCCAAAGACGGGGAAAGUAUGCAUACCAUUCAAUCCAGCCAACGCCUUUUCUUUCAAUCCAGACAGCGUUCCGACCAUAAGUACCUUAGUUGAUGAAAUUCAAGAGUUCGACGCAAAAGAGGCAUCGAUCGGUGAAAAUGAAGAUAGGACCAAAAGGAAAGUCAAAGACUACAAAAAGACAAGUAUGUAUAAAGGAAUGCAGGUCUUUGAAGAAUUCCUCAGGAACCUCGAAUCCACAUGGAAAAACAAACGUAAUAAUGAUUCCUCCAUGGAGUUUUGAACUACAGAAAAGACCAAUGAUUAACAUUCAUUAAAUAAAACGUUAUACAAGA